UAGAGAUUAAGAGAUUAACAGAUUUGCUGUUAUAUCACGAGACUUUGAUUGUUUGUAUACCAAUGGAUAAGUGUAUCCAAGAUCAGAGGUCAGUCGAAAUCUCAAUCUCAGCGAUCAAGUGAUAACCAUCUAAAGGAGUCUUAACACCAUCGGUAUACUUACUCGGGAUCGGAGUUAUACUAAAUCAGAUGAGAUAACACGGGACAUCAUAUCAAUAGCUUGCGAGUGCUGCCUUAAAGGGGUAUCAUCAACUGAGGAUAUUCCUUCGGCUGAAAUGACUGCCUACAACUGUUGGAUAAUCUUCGUCAGAAACUACGCAAAUCUGUAAUGGAUAGUAAAAAUAAAUGAAGUUAUCCCAGAAUGUCAUCACCGUAAAGGAUAUUUGCAGUGCUUUGUCAUUCUUAUAGGUCAGGUUUAACAAUAUUUGUGUAUUAGAUGGGAAUACCUGAACGUUAGAUGGGAAAACCUGAACGUUCUGUAAAGACUAUCAAUUUUACACGUAAACAAAUUCUCCAGAUAGUAUUGUUACGGAUUAUUGGAUUAUUCAGUGAGGUUGAAAUCAAAAACACAUCCCGUUGGAAUUGACGCUAGAUUCAAAACGAUAUGAGCAAAGGUCAACAUCCAACGGAGGAAGGAAAUACCACAAGGCCCAGUUGUGCUCCUAUCGAAGAGGGAUGCAUGUCCUUGCCUCCUAUAGCACCAACAAACACAAGCCCAAAGUCGGGCUGCGAUUUCGAGAUCGGCUGGAAUGGAGCCAGAAGCCGCAAAAGUUCCAGGUGCUCUAUUAAAAGUAUCGCCCCAUCCAUAUCCUCUACGACAACUCUGCCGAGCAUAGAUCGGGGAAAAUCCCAAAGUGUGAACAGCAUAAGAGCUAGUUCUCCUCUAAACGCCCUUAAAGAUUUAGAGCGAGUAGAGCUGGUGCGGUCCCCGAGUUGUCCUGAAUUGGGAUAUGAAAUCGACGAACCUCAUCUUGUGAAGAAUGGAGACCUUGGUGCUUCAAUACAUCCGUCGAUGUUCCGGAAUGCAUGUAGCAAGAAACCAGAAGGAGGUCAAAAAGGACUGUUUAAAUUACCCAGCAUAUUUGGAAAGAGUGGCUGUACCAAAACCGGUGCUUUGAUAAACGAUACAGCCCAAGAAGUCCCAAAUAUAUUUGUACCUAGUCAGAGUCACAAAAGAGCGGCUAGACAAGACAAUGAAAAAACUAAAAAUCCACACAACUCCCUAGCACCAUUGGACACAACUACAGAAGCAAAGAAAAAAUCUAAAAGGAGACACAAAAGGAAAAAUCGUAAAAUGAAUCCAGAAAAUGAACUUGACAUUCCAGAGAAUGUAGAAACGCUGUCAUUAGUUUCCCAUGGAACUCCUGUUGGAGAAAUUAAGUUUGACGGGGAGAGAUUCGAGUCAGCUGGUACUAGAGUAAUUGAAACGGUUGCAAUUGAAAAUGGAAAGAGUCAAGAAUAUAAUCGCUCAAGUACAAUGAGUUUUACUAGGAGUAUGUCCAAAGCAGAAAUUGCAAUCCACAACUAA